CAAAGGCCCUGAGACCAACCUCCCUAGUCAAUGUUACUCCAGGUUCCAGAGAUGACCACAAACCUCGCUCUCCGACGUCUAUGCCCACCACUUCCAGCCUGAGAGCGCACCUGAGACAGGGGCGAAGACCAGAGCGACCCAAAUAAAGUAUGUCUGGGGGUCAGGGACUGGCCCACCCCAUCGAGACCAGGACGCUGCUCUGGCAGGAGAGCAGGGAACGAAAUCCAAGCGCAGCUGGAAUGCUCUGGAGACAACAGCUGCUUUUGGGAUUCCGUUGCCCGCUGUCCAGCCGUGGGCGGGGGGGGGGGGGGGGGGGCGGGAGAUAACCCCGGGAGGAUGGUGGUCCCUUACCCUGGGGCCAGAUCAGGAACCACCCCGCCCCCCAUUCCCAGUACCAGAAGACUGACCUAGGAGUGGGCGGUUAAGCCGAGUGUAGUGGGAACGAGGCGCUCACCUGGGCCCCUAAACAAUAGGAAAAUUGGUAGGGGCCUCCCCUGGGACCGGUCCCGAUCCGGAUUAAAUCCGCAGGGUGGGAUUAUUCCUGUUGGUCUCAUGAAGCCAGGCCACCCGUGCGGUGACGGUGGCGGGGAGGGCUUCGGGAUCGGCCAAAAGAGAAGCUCCCCCGUGGGGCCGGAGAGGAAGUAAACCCGCGCACUCGCCUCGGGGACACCCCCAUACCCAGGGCCCUUCGUCCCGUGACUCUGCCAGCGCCCGGAGCGCUGGGUGGGUCGGGGGGUGCCCAAUGGCGGCGACGGGACCCCGGGGAAUCCAUUGCGAACGUCCUCCGCGGUGCCGAACCUCCCUCCCGGCCCAGUGGGUAGCAGACGCGUCAACGUUCCCUUGAGGCCACGACACGGUGGGGGCGCGGAGAUCCCCGAAAGCCGCGCGGGCACCAGCGACUGUUGCGCCCGUAGGCCCUCUGAUUCGGCUCAAGACGGGGGGGGGCGGGUCGGGGAAUUCUCGGGCCGCGAGCAUAGUGAGCGACGACAGGGCGAUGCUCCAGCCGCUGUCUAGUUCAAUAGCUGGUCCCGUUCGGCCGGGUCGAUCCCACCCGAAGAGCCACAAUCAUCCCACCUCGGCGUCCCCUUCCGCUUGCUCGGGCCGCAGACUCGGAGCCAUUUUAAGGAGAAACCACUCAGCCACGCCCCCUCGCGCUCCCGACAAGCCAAUCCACGUGCAGCCACGCCCCGGGAGACGCGCGGCGGCGACGCCAACGGUCGCGCGGGCGACGGUUGGGGAGGGGCGUGAUUCGCGGAAGAGCAAGGGAAACCUGAGCCUGCCGCCCCGCCCUGGGAACCCGACGCCCUAAAGCCUGGGAUUAGGGGUUUGGAGGCUGGCCCCACGCCCUGGCCAGGUGUGCGGGACUCGACCAGGUGCGCCGCCGCCCCGCCCCAGGCCCCGGGAGCCCUGCGUAAUGGCUGAGAGCCGGGGACUAGGCUGCGGCGGGUGCCCAGGCAGCUCUCUGAGGCCGGCCAAGCCACCAGGUGUCUGGCUCCCCCAGGACGGUCUGCGGGGGCCCGGGGCGGGGCGGGCGGCAGGUGCGGACACCGGAGCCCCGCUAGGGGACGGGCCCUCCGGGGACAAUUGGCACCGGCCGAUCCCUCAAAAUCCCGCGCUGGGGCAGCCGGCCUGCGCGGUGCCCUCCGGCACCUAGGGGGCGCUGUGGGCGCGCUGCGGAAGAUUCAGCCACGACCCCGCUGACCCGGCGCGGACAUCCCGGCACGCCGGUCAGCCAUGGUCGCCGCGUUCGUGCUUCGCGGCCUGUGCGGAGCGCGAGCCGUGCUACGCUGUUCCCCUGCGGAGCUGCUGAGGGCCCCACGGCGGGGGCACCGGCUCACGCCGGCGGACGACGAGCUGUAUGAGCGGACGCGCAUCUCUCUGCUGCAGCGCGAGUCCCCGCAGAUCAUGUAUAUCGACAGCUACAGCAGCCGCGGCUUCAUGGUCAACGGAAAUCGCGUGCUUGGGCCCUGCGCUCUGCUCCCUCAGUCGGUGGUGCAGUGGAACGUAGGAAGUCACCGGGACAUCACUGAAGAAAGCUUCUCUCUCUUCUGGUUGCUGGAGCCCCGAAUAGAGAUUGUGGUGGUGGGCACCGGAGACCGGACCGAACGGCUGCAACCCCAGGUGCUGCAAGCCCUGAGGCAGCGGGGCAUCGCCGUGGAAGUGCAGGACACGCCCAAUGCCUGUGCCACUUUCAACUUCCUGUGUCAUGAAGGCCGAGUAACAGGAGCUGCUCUUAUUCCUCCACCCAGAGGGACGGCGCUCACAUCCUUAGAACGAGCUGCAGAAUGAACUGCCAGGAAUUGACCUGACCUGUCCAGGAGGGCCCUGGCACUUUUUGCAGAGCGCAGGAGUUUCCAGCGCUUUCAUUAGCCCUUCCUCUUUGGCACUGUAACGCCUGUCUUUGUUGCCAGCAAAUUAAUAAUUUAAUCCACUUGU